UAGAUGAGUCUCAUAUUCUUCACUCCAAGCAGCGCGCUUGGAAAGAUAUUGCCCGAAACCGCAAUGAAGUCGACGUGAUCGAAUCUCGGAGAGCUGGCCAUGAACCGCUAUUGUUCUGGAUAGACGCUUUAUGCAUCAACCAGGAUGACAUUAAGGAACGCGCUGAGCAGGUCAAGCUCAUGCGUCGAAUUUAUACCACGGCUUCUACAGUAUGUAUUUGGUUAGGAGAUGAGCUUGUAGCGCCAGAUAUCGCGACAUCUGAUUUGCGAACUUCUCAAUUAGAUCGCGCCUUUGGGCGUAAACGUCUAGCUGACAUUGACCCCAUGUUAGUCGUGUUAUCUUUCUUCGCCCAAGCAUUACGGAAUUCGCACCGAGUCAAGACCAACGAGUAUGGAAUACCGGACGUAGACUUGCUCGGCUUUCCCUCUCAGAAAACCCCAGAACACCGAAUCCUCGGGGCGUUUUUCAACCAACCGUGGUUCCAUCGGGUAUGGAUUGUCCAAGAAGCAGUAUUAGCCCAAGAUGCCAAAAUACUCGUUGGAGCCUGGGAGUUGGAUUGGAAACCAUUUGCUGAAGCUGUGAAUGUAAUGGAUGCGGGCAACAUCCGGAACCCUUUCACGCUACAAUUGCGCGUUACCGGCGUGGUUUCAGAAGAAUCAUCAGCCGGGGUAGACAUACCAGCGGCAUUGUAUCUAUGUCAAAUCCAACAGCUCCCCGGACGCAAAGAGAGUCUUUUCCCUUUGCUAAAUAAAUCGCGGACACGUAGGGCGACUAAUCCUGCCGACCAUGUAUUCGCCGUGCUUGGGAUAGCCGGGGACGUAGCAAACGCCACCGAGCUAAGUAGUAAACUGAUCUCUAUCAACUACGAAAAACCAGUCGCCCAGAUUUUCAGGGACGCGACUUGGUUCAUCAUCCUCACCCACGCAACACUUCGACCGCUCGCAGCAGUAGAAAUUUUAGACGAUCCAUCUAUACCCAAUUGUCCAUCUUGGACUCCAGUCUGGUCGGAACCUCGCCGAACAUCUGCUUUCGACUAUGACCUCUUCAGCGCAGACGCGAACCAAAAGAUGGACAUUCAAAAAACCGGAAAUUCCAACCUUUUACGAGCCUCCGGGCACUUUUUAGACUGCGUAGUAUCGAUCACCGACCCCCUUAUUGACACAACUACACAAUUACGAGCUCAGGACGAGUUGAUAGAGUGGCAUUACCCACCACGGCAGGCCGAAAUAGAUUUCGUCAGGUCCGCAUGGACCUUGACCACUGAGUAUUACCGUCGAGGAGUUGGUAGUGGGAACGAGAAUACCGCAGCCGAUGCUGCAUCUCAGGAUUCGACCAGUCAACUCUGUCUCCCGACUUACCUCACCGAAAAGGGAGUUUUCGAGGCCUUCGUGAGUACUUUGUCGGUUCAGACAAAUGGAGGAUCCCCCGACGAACGGGGAGAGGAGGCUGAAGAUAUGGUUGACUCGGCAGAGGCCUGGUUCCAACAGAAUGUGGGGUGGUCCUCCCAUCCCGCCUCUUGGGUGACCAAAAUCUGGCAUACCGUCAGAGAUAAGUGGUAUCCGGGGGCAGGCAUGCUGUUCCAAGCUGCAUUGUUACGGUCGUGUGUAGGCAGGAAGUUCUUCAUGACUAAAAGGGGCUUCAUUGGCAUAGGUCCCGCUUGCAUGAAAUCUGGUGAUCUCGUGGUAGUUAUCUUAGGCGUCCCUGUCCCCUUUAUUGUUAGGAGGACCGAAGAUCAAGAAAGCCAGAAGUACAUUCUUCUUGGCGAAUGUUAUGUCGACGGUAUUAUGGAAGGGGAAUUAGUGCAGACACAACAAAAAGCGGGCAAAGAAGCCGAAUGGUUCACAUUCGUAUAGGUAAUUAGUAUUUGUAGGUUAAGCUACAUGACCUGGAAAUGCUUGGGUCGUGACAAGGCGGUUAGCCAGAUCGAGAAAGCAUCACAAGGAUCGCGUGCUUUCGAUCCUAACAACUGCUGCAGUUCUAUAUGACGGAUAAAGCUAGAGAAAAGUAUAGAUCCGUACUGGGAAGUGAGAAUAGAUAGCCUAUCCACCUUAUAGUUAGC